ACCGGGUGUCCCCCUCCCCCUCACAGAGACCAGCAGUUUUCACUUGACCGGGGCGGCCGCUACAUGGAACAGCCUGCAGCUCUGCUUCAGUAUCAGCUUUCUGAAUUCCAAGGUUCGCCACUCGGGGGUUUAUUUUGAAACAUCAUAAAACUACCCUUUGCAAGGAUCAGCAUGAAGAGUGAAUUACAGUAUUUCAACACGCGUGCUGUCGAUGAGGCCCGUUUUCCCUCAUCAAGGUGGGCUCAUUUUCGAGCUCAUCAGCCCUCACACUGUAAUUACCAGUGUGCGCUCGGCUGCAUGCAUGUGAUCGUUGAGCUCAGUGCUACCUGGCAUGUUGUGGCACAACGUGCUAAAACACUGAAGGCCCCCAACUUGACAAUGAGCCACGAUCUAGCGGGGGAACACUGCAUAUUUUUUUGUCAACGCUCCACGCAGUCACUGGCUCCCAGUCCUCAUCUGCACCUCGGCCAAGUCGCACACCGCAGCGAGAAAGAGGACGCGAGACCAAGAGGGGCCACCUCCUCCAAAAGAAGAGCCCACAAGAGGCUCAGUAAUGCUGUCCUGAGAGGAUGUGAGGGAAGCCCAGGGCGGGAGGAAGUGCUGGCAUCGUCAUCCACUCCUCUGUGCAUCAAUCACAUCCGAGCCAAACUUCUUUCGGGUGGCCCCCCGGAAGGCGUGCACCCAUGUGGGAGGAGGCUCUGUGGACCCGCGGACGCUACCUGCUGGAGAAGAGCGAUGGGGGCGAGAGCGGCGAGGGGCCCGACUGCCCGGGUGCCGAGGGCUGCCCGGGCUUCCAGGGGGGCGAACUGCGCACCGAGGGCGAGAAGCGACAGGACUGGCUGUACGAGUCCUACUACAGGAUGAGCCAGCAGCAUCCGCUCAUCGUCUUCUUGCUGCUCAUCGUCAUGGGAACCUGCCUGGCGCUGCUGGUGGUCUUCUUUGCCUCGGGGCUGAACACCGAGGAUCAUCUGACCUUUCUGAUCACGGUGCCCACGGCCCUGUUCCUCUUCCUGUCCAUCUUCGUCCUAGUCUGCAUCGAGUCGAUUUUCAAGCGUAUGCUCCGCCUCUUCUCCCUCCUAAUAUGGGCGUGUCUGGUCACCAUGGGUUACCUGUUCAUGUUCUCUGGAGGGAUCCUCAGUCCCUGGGACCAGGUCUCCUUCUUCCUAUUCAUCGUAUUUGUCGUGUACACCAUGCUGCCCUUCUCCAUGAGAGGGGCCAUCAUGGCCAGCACGCUCACCUGUUUGUCCCACACCGUCACCAUCAGCGUCUGCUUGGCCUCCACCGCCAAGGAUGUGGAAGCUCUCGUCUGGCAGAUCCUGGCCAACGUGAUCAUCUUCACCUGCGGUAACUUAGCGGGGGCGUACCACAAGCACCUGAUGGACCUGGCCCUCAAGCAGACCUACCAGGACACCUGUAACUGCAUCAAGUCCCCCAUCAAGCUGGAGUUUGAGAAACACCAGCAGGAGCGUUUGCUCUUGUCACUGUUGCCGUCUCACAUCGCCAGAGUGAUGAAAGCCGAGAUCAUCCAGCGGCUUCAGGGCCCAAAGUUUGGCCGAACCGAGAGCGGCAACAACUUCCACAACCUCUACGUGCAGCGGCACACCAACGUCAGUAUUCUUUAUGCUGACAUCGUGGGCUUUACCAGGCUGGCCAGCGAUUGUGCACCAGGGGAACUUGUGCACAUGCUCAAUGAACUCUUUGGAAAGUUUGACCAGAUCGCAAAGGAAAACGAGUGCAUGCGAAUCAAGAUCCUGGGAGACUGUUAUUAUUGUGUGUCUGGUCUGCCGGAAUCUCUGCCUCACCACGCAAGGAACUGUGUGAAGAUGGGCUUGGAUAUGUGUGAGGCCAUCAAGAAGGUUCGAGAUGCCACCAGGGUCGACAUCAACAUGCGCGUCGGCGUUCACUCCGGGAACGUCCUAUGCGGCGUGAUCGGCCUCCGCAAGUGGCAGUACGACGUGUGGUCACAUGACGUGACGCUCGCCAAUCACAUGGAGGCGGGAGGUGUGCCAGGGAGGGUGCACAUCUCGUCGGUGACUCUGGAGUACCUGAAGGGCUCCUAUAAGGUGGAGCCAGGAGAUGGACAGAGUCGAGACUCUUACCUGAAAGAACAUGGAGUGGUCACCUUUCUGGUCAUUAACCCUAAGAGCGAGAAGCACAGCCCUCUGCUGGGCUUGCGCUCUCGCCCGUCGCUGGAUGGCGGCAAGAUGCGGGCGUCCGUACGCAUGACCCGCUACCUGGAGUCGUGGGGCGCCGCCAAGCCCUUCGCCAAUCUCCACCACCGCAUGAGCACGGACAACGGCAAGAUCAACACCACCGAUGUUCCUAUGGGGCUGUACCACUUCCAGCGACGGGAGAGGUCCAAGUCGCAGAGGAGGAGGUUUGAGGAAGAGCUCAACGAGCGGAUGAUUCGUACCAUUGACGGCAUCAACUCACAGAAACAGUGGCUGAAGUCAGAGGACAUCCAGAGGAUCUCAUUGUUCUUUCACAACAAAGCCCUGGAGACAGAGUACAGAUCAACAACCCUGCCUGCGUUCAAGUACUACAUCACGUGCGCCUGCCUCAUAUUCUCCUGCAUAUUCAUCGUGCAAGUCCUCGUCUUGCCCAAAACUGCAGUGCUGGGGAUAUCCUUCGGCCUGGCCUUCCUGCUGUUGGCCCUGAUCUUGGUUCUUUGCUUUGCCGGUCACGUUCUGCAAGGACGAAAGGGAUCGGUGUGUUCUUUCCCCUGGUUGAACACUUCGUCCCGCAUCAUCGUCACCAACAAUCCCUGGCUGCGAUUGGUCCUCACCAUGACGACCACCGCUCUCAUCCUUGUAAUGGCCGUCUUCAACAUGUUCUUUGUGGAAGAUCCUGGGAGAUCCAAGGAUGAAGUUUCAGCAUUGGCUUCACCUUAUGGUGUCGUGGCCGGCCCCCCUGGGAAUCUAACCAAUGGCACCAUGCCUGACUUCCAGUGUCAAUUGGCAAGAGAAAGCCGGUUUUAUCUACCAUACUUCAUCUACUGCUGUAUUCUGGGCCUGGUGUCGUGCUCGGUGUUCCUGAGGAUCAACUACGAGCUGAAGAUGAUGGUGAUGCUGGUCGCCUUGGUGAUCUACAACAUCAUCAUCCUCCAGACGCACGCCUCGCUGCUCGACGGCUUUAGCAAAGCUCUGUAUACCACCCAAGUGCUGGACAGACCAGGAAUCCUGAAGGACCUAAAGACCAUGGGCUCUGUUUCCCUCUUUAUCUUCUUCAUCACGCUGCUGGUGUUGGCUAGACAGAAUGAAUAUUACUGUAGGUUGGACUUCCUGUGGAGGGACAAGUUCAAGCGGGAAUGCGAGGAGAUCGAAACCAUGGAGAAUCUCAACCGAGUCCUGCUAGAGAACGUCCUGCCCGCCCACGUGGCCGAACACUUCCUGGGACGCAACUGGAAGAACGAGGACCUUUACCAUCAGUCGUACGACUCCGUGUGCGUGAUGUUCGCCUCCAUCCCGGACUUCAAGGAGUUUUACACCGAGUCGGAUGUCAACAAGGAAGGACUCGAAUGCCUCCGCCUCCUCAAUGAGAUCAUAGCAGAUUUUGAUGAGCUGCUUUCAAAGCCGAAGUUCAGCGGAGUGGAGAAGAUUAAGACCAUCGGGAGCACCUACAUGGCGGCCACCGGACUCAACUUGACGCCAGGACCAGAGUGCGCACAGGAACAUGACAGACAAUACAUGCACAUCGGCACCAUGGUGGAGUUUGCCUUCGCUCUGGUCGGCAAGCUCGACGUCAUCAACAAACAUUCCUUCAAUGACUUCCGACUGAGAAUCGGGAUAAAUCACGGACCGGUCAUUGCGGGGGUCAUCGGAGCUCAGAAACCUCAAUAUGACAUCUGGGGAAACAGCGUGAAUGUGGCCAGUAGGAUGGAGACCACGGGGGUUCUGGGCAAAAUCCAGGUGACGGAGGAGACGAGCGAGAUCUUAUCCACGCUCGGCUACAUGUGCUCGUGUCGAGGCAUCAUCAACGUGAAGGGCAAAGGGGAGCUGAAAACCUACUUUGUCCACACCGAGAUGACCCGAUCGCUGUCACAAGGCAUCGUCAUGCCUUGAGUGGGAGGGGAGGGAGGAAAAAAAAAAACACAAAUAGACUUAACACAAAGUGGCAUUAGCGACCAUUGGUCAUGCUCUGGAACUACAAGUCAUUAGCAGAGGCCCCGGCGUCUCACUGGACAAACAACUGUGAAGACCGCGCUAUUGUACGAUGUCAUUGGAGGUCACUCCCUGGGUGUUUGCCCCCCACACCACUCGAGUGUAGAAGACAGGUAGCUCUCCGAGGAUUGUGGAGUGCUUGAGAGGAGAGAUGUUUGCUAUAUUACUGCAGGUCUCAUGGAGCGCAGUCAAGCGUUAAUAUACAAAAGUAGUGUGGCGCUAAUUAGACAUGCCAGUGAUGCGAGCAGUGCUUCACAGUGCUCAAGCAACGGCAGCUCUAUAAAUAGUAUACACUCUAUGGGCAAAAGUAAGGAGACACACUAAUUCAUUUUUGGGGAAGGUUGGAAUGGACCCAGCUUUGAGUCACACUUAACUGUAAAUCACCAAUUUUGAACUGGGCUCAAAUUGACUACAGUGAACCCUUGCACAUUUUAAAUAGCAGCAGUCUUUUUGGAUGAAUUUCAAUCCCCACGUUGGCACAUUCGAUACAGAUUUUGAUCACAACGCCACACCCCGCCCACUCUCGGAUCCGCCGAGCUGCGCUGGUCUACGAAAUUAAAAACACCGGUCUAACCCACCCCUGGCGCACAGUUGCGCCACCCGCCGCGCUGGAUUUACACCGGUCACGGAAAUAGGACCCUUUAUGUUUAAACCUGGGAGACCAGCCCCAUUUUAUUCUUCCAUGUUCACUUCCUGUAGGAGUAAUACUUUUGUCCAAGCAAUGUAUAUUGUAGGCCAGUCUGCUCUGAACCAGUGUGCUCACUGUUAUUCCAACUGAAUGUUAGAUUAGUUUGUUGUCACGGUGCCAACAAAUUCCCACACUGACAGGUAGUUUGAAUGUGAAUUAAUGUUAGUAGUUUUAGAGACAUGUUGGAAGAGUUGCUGGCUUGAGAAGAAAAGCAGAUUGUUGCCCUCUCGAAGCAAACCAGCUGUACUGUGUGUUUUAAUGACCCCAUCAUGCCACUCUUUUGGUAUUCAUUAAAUAUUUGUAUAUAACAUAACAUGCCUCGUAGUUGCUUAUUAUACUUUUCAUAAUUGUCAAAUAACAUUUGAUUGCACAUGUACCUUUAUUUGGCACUUCAAACAAUCACAAUAUGUAAUAUUUACACCUAACAUUGGUUGUCAUGGGGUUUAUCAGAUAAUCAUCUUGGUCUGAAAAGUCUACACACCCCUAUUCAAAUACCAGGUCUUUGUGAUACAUGUAUAAAAAGUGAGACCAAGAUACAUUGUUUCAAAACUUUUUCCACCAUUAAUGUAACCUGUACAACUCAAUUGAUAUUUUUUGUAUGUUUUCAAGAGUAGGGGAGUAGUAAUAAACUGAGAUAAUUGUAGUCGCAUAAGUGUCCCUCAUAACUGGUGAUGCGGCUGUGUUCUGAAUUAACCAAUCACAUUCAAAUUCAUGUUAAACAGGAGUCAGCACAGACCUUCCACCAUUUUAAGUGCCUCUGAGUAACCCAAAUAAAGUUCAGGUGUUCUAGUUUGCUUUUCCUGACCUGCUUUCUAGCAGAAGUAUGAAGGUUUUUUUUGUUGUUGUUGCUAACACUGCCUGGUAUUUGGAACUGUUCAUAAUUCCCUGCACACUGACUAAGGCCCCGGUUCUAGCAGAAGAAAAAUAGUUUUAAAGCUUCAAUGUAGGUGUGUUGCUGUUUUUUUGUGUUUUUUUUUUGUGAUGGGCAGUGUUGUUUUUGUGCCAAACAAACUUUUUGGGAAAUUUGGCCGAAAAGUUUAACUUUUGCUUCAUCGGACCAUAAAACAUUUUCCCGCAUGUGUUUGGGAAAGCCCCCAUAAAUGUUCCAUUGUAUUUUCCCUCAUGGAGACAGCAAUUCAUCACCAAGCUGCCGAAAAAUGUGGUGCAUGGAGCAGACACAAACACAAAUGAAUGAUUAUAUGGAAUAUGCGUGAUUACCUAUUUUAAGCUCUCGAAAAAAUUGCUAUGGCAUGUUCUACUUGGGACACACACAUGACCACAUGAAUAAUUUCAGACUUGGAUAACAACAGUAUGUUCUGUUUACUUUACUGAAAGCACGUGGAAUAUGAUUACAUGCGAGGCAAACACUUCCAUGCUACUGUUCACCGCAACUUCCAUUCAGUCCCCUGUCUUUAUUUCCAAAGGUUAUGUUUGCUCAUUUCCAGCUGGGAAUAUGUUGCAUUCAAAGGUCUCACUUGUGAACAAUGGAAGAAUGCGUGUUGUUUGUUGCAGGCACGGGCGCCAUUGUCUGUGUUGCACUGCAGAACACAUUGUGUCUGUGCCUCGCAGUGACUGAUUCGCAGGUGGCUUUAUUUUCCACUAACAUAAAUAACACAGCGUGGCAUCAUCCUGCAUGUGAAACACUUAGAUGUGACAAAAAGCUCUUAAUAGUGGUUAAAUGCGCAGAGACAGACAUCCUAAUGUGGAGCUGUCUGCUGUGUGUGUGUGUGCUUGCGUGUUACCCAGAAACUCAGUGUGAGCUACUUUUUUUGACACAAGAGGAUUACUCCAAAUGGACUGAUUGCCCUCACAAGGAGGCACGAAAUUUGUCACAAAAACCACAGAUAAACAGACUAACAAUGGUUCCCAACCACUGUGCCACAGUCUAUUUACUAUAAAUAAUGUAUUUUUGUUCGUCUAUCUAUGACAGGCAGAACAAUUAAAUGCUAAACAGGCCUAGUUUCGCACUGAGAA